AUGCUCAGUGUUCUUCGUCUUUGGGUCCUAGCUGCCCUAUUCCUCUUUGUGGCCUCACGUGAGCUGGGCGACGUCUACGCCAACGACCCCAAUGUCUACGAACUCACGCCGCUGAACUUCGACAAAGUCGUCCACCGCUCCAACUACACCUCCAUCGUGAAGUUCUACGCUCCAUGGUGUGGUUACUGCAAACAGUUGCUGCCCGUGUGGCACAAAUUGGGCAAGUUUCUUCAUAAAGAAGGGAAAUACGGUGUCCACGUUGCGGCAGUCAACUGUGACAAGGAGUCCAACAAGCCCUUGUGUGCUGCUUAUAGGGUCCAAGGCUUCCCUACGUUGAUGCUGUUCAGACCGCCCAAAUACGCCCCGGGCAAGGCCAAGGCAAACCUGAAGCACGUGCCUGAACCGUACAACGGCCAGCGGUCGCUCAAGGCCAUCACGGACUAUGUGUCUACGAGAAUCAAGAACUACGUGGAUCGGAUCCAUGGGUUGAAGGGACUUCCGGAGUUUCUCGAAGGCCAGGGACCACGCGUGGUGCUUCUUCUGAAAAAUACGAAUAUUUCGCCGGUCUACAAAACGAUGGCCAUUGACUUUUUGUCGAAAGUGACGUUUGGGUACUUGAAGACGGAUGUCGCUGAACCAGCCUCUGUGACUGUGGAUGGCAAAAAGGUGCAGUUGCCUAUUGAGGAGGGCGACACGCUUCCGAUUUUGCUUUUGUGGGACUCGGAAAAGGGCGAGUUUUCUCGUUAUCUGAAGGGAAAGCUCACCAAUAAGCACGAGAUGGAGGCCUGGGUUCAGGAACAGACGGGUGUCAAGCCAUCGGAGGGCGGUCUUUCGAAGAAGGACAAGAAGUACUACGCCAAGUAUAGAGGCGAGCGGGUCCACGAUGAGCUUUAG